CGUGUAAACCGUUACCGCGUGCCCGUUUCGCAGACAGGCCGCGCGGUGGACUGGUUCACGAGUGCUUGGUAAAAGCGACGUCGGAGUAUGGAGAGCGCAGUCAGCGUACAGGAGUUUCCACAGUCGCACGCACCAUGCUGCAUCCUUUAUUACUGACCGGCGUACUCGCCGCCGCCGUCGCUGCACCCGCGACCUACGACCAGCGUCAAGAUGGCGACUUUAACGUACGCGCCGACGUGCAAAACGUUUUGUUCCUAAUCGCUCUACCUGAAAAAACGCCGAUGUCGAGCGGUCUACUUGGGUACUUGAAAAAUUCGAAGCCCAAUCACGACCACCAGAUGCAGGAACGAGCUGAUAUUCAUAUCAUGGAAGCGUUCGUGGAGCCAAACACGCCAUACCAUGUCGAAAUCGGAACCGCAAGUGACAGGUCCGCUGAAGGCGACGGGCGCGCAGUGGAAGUUGUGAUUGCUGGCCGCCGAAAUAACAUUAGCAACGAGGCACAAGAUGACGAACUCAAAUUAUUGGGUGCUACUGAGCAAUGUGGGCCGGACAGAGAAAGGGACCCUGUAACCUUGACCUGUCGUGACAAACAACAAGCAAUAUCCAAAUUGGAACCGAUACAAACGGACAACAGACCGGACGAGCCUGCGAUACAGCCAGAAGUGGUUCCUGUUUCAUCGUAAUCUAGUGACCUCUAUAUUCUUUUUAUACUUAAGCUAAUUUAUUGCCUAAAUAAUCUCGCCAUUGUAACUUAUUAUUUUCUAAUUUAUUUACUUUAUAAGAUUAAAUUAUAAAUAUUUUCCAAUUA